GAACGAGGUCUUCGAUUUAAACCAUGUCAAACUUCAAAGCAAAACUCCCGUUGUGCCCAUACUGACCCUCGUAUAAUUUCCACCAACAACAAUACUUUCCUUCCCCCUCACUAAACACAAAGAGGUAUUGCAUAUUUGCAUCAGAUGGGUUCCGAAGCAGAACUGGGGAAGCCACAUGCCAUAUGUAUCCCCUAUCCAGCACAAGGCCACAUCAACCCCAUGAUGAAACUUGCGAAGCUCCUUCACUUUCAGGGCUUUCAUAUCUCCUUCGUCAACACCCACUACAACCAUAAGCGCCUACUCAGAUCCCGAGGUCCUUCCUCCCUCAAAGGCCUCCGAGAUUUUCGUUUUCACUCCAUUCCCGAUGGUCUUCCGCCAUCUGACGCUGAAGCCACCCAGUCAAUCCCUGACAUCUGUGAAUCUGUUCCAAAGCACUGUCUGGAACCUUUCUGUGAGCUUAUCACUAAGCUUAAUGGUGGUGAGGAGUCCGAUGUGCCACCAGUGAGUUGUAUUAUAUCCGACGGGUGCAUGAGCUUUACGCUUAAAGCUGCCGAGAGGUUCGGGUUGCCGGAAGUACUGUUCUGGACGCCAAGUGCCUGCGGGCUUUUGGGUUACACUCGUUAUCGUGAACUUCUUCAGAGAGGGUAUACUCCCCUCAAAGAUAUGAACGACAUAACAAGUGGGUAUUUGGAAACAAGCUUGGAUUGGAUUCCUGGAAUGAAUAACAUACGACUAAGGGAUUUACCGAGUUUCAUUCGAACCACAGACAUAAACGACAUCUUGUUCAACUAUCUUAUGACCGAAGCAGAAACUCUUCCUAGGGGUACGGCUAUUGUGCUCAACACAUUUGAUGCCUUAGAACAAGAUAGUGUUAACCCUUUAAUUGAGAUAAACCCACGAACCUACACCAUAGGCCCACUACACUUGAUGCAACAACAUAUUCAUGAUGAUCGGCUCAAAGACAUUGGGUCCAACCUUUGGAAAGAAGAUGAGAGUUGCAUCAUGUGGCUAGACACAAAAGAUUUUGGCUCGGUUGUUUACGUGAACUUUGGAAGUAUUACAGUAAUGACAAAAGAACAACUCAUCGAGUUUGGAUGGGGUCUUGCUAAUAGCAAGAAGAAUUUCUUAUGGAUAACUAGACCGGACAUUGUGGGAGGCAAAGAGGCCUUGAUGCCACAAGAGUUUGUGGAUGAGACAAAAGAGAGAGGCUUGGUGACUAGUUGGUGUCCUCAAGAACAGGUUUUGAGGCAUUCAGCAAUCGGGGUAUUCUUGACUCACAGUGGAUGGAACUCAACUAUUGAGAGUAUUAGCAGCGGUGUUCCAGUGAUUUGUUGGCCGUUUUUUGCAGAGCAACAAACAAAUUGUCGGUAUAGUUGUGUAGAGUGGGGGAUUGGAAUUGAAAUUGAUACAGAUGUUAAGAGAGAGGAGGUGGAGGCUCAGGUGAGGGAUAUGAUGGAUGGGAAGAAAGGGAAGAUUAUGAAAAGUAAGACUUUGGAGUGGAAGAAGGAAGCAGAAGAAGCCGUUGCUAUUGCUGGAUCGUCUUAUCUCAACUUUGAAAAAUUAAUCAGUGAGGUUCUUUUAAGGAAGUGCAGUUGAUAUUUGGUUGCUAUUGGUCAAUAUGUCAACAAAAGUUUUGGAAAAAAACCACUCAGUUAAAUUGUUUCUUUUCCGGCAGCUUAAACAUCAUCAAAAAGAUAUUGCGAUCGUUUUAAAUCCAUCAUAAAUAAAUGAAAAAUGCGGAUGAUGUAUUGUUUACUUUUAAAACAUGAAAAGAUUUGCAACAACAUAUUAUAUAUUUAAAUAUUAUUAUUAGGCCA